AUGGGCCACCACAAGAGCUCGAGCUCCAAGGGCCACGGCGGCUCCCAUGGAAAGUCCCACGGCAGCAGUUCUGGCGGCAAGAAGCAGUACAUCGAGUACCAGGUCUGGUACUGUGACUACUGUGAACAGGGACCAUACAAUCCUCACAUUGAUGCAUUCUGUACCAACCCCAACUGCGGACACCAGCGCUGCCGCAGAUGUCCGGUCACGACAGUCACCCAGCGUGUUGAUCACUGA